AUGGAAUUCUUGAAGGAGUUCCUGACAAUUAGUCAAAUUUCCGUUUCGGUCACGACGGGAGUCAAGGAUUUCUUCGACUUCCCAUUCUUCCUCGCCAUUUACGAGGUCAGGGACUACCGGUUCACGUCGCUGAGAGGGAUACGUGUGUUCUUUGAAGGGACUGAGAAGGCUUUCAUUGAAAACGGGGUGUUGUUUCCAUUGACGUGGGAGUUCCAAUUCAUAGGCGGAAGCGCCGACUUUGCGUUUGACCUUGAAGGGUCCAUAUCGCUUAUCGUCGAGCUUCUUCAUUGGCCUGUCGGUUCGGAUGUUUAUUCCUUCUAG